ACUCAAAACAAUUCAAAUUCCACUAAAACAUGAUGGGAGAGAUGAUGCUUCAAUCAAUAAGAGAACAAAUAAACCUGGUUCUGUUAAAUUAUUGUAAAGCUAAAUGCCUAAAGAGGCGUGUGGGAAUCUUAUUCUAGCGACCACGAGUUUCAACAUAACCUAAGCGAAUAAUUUUGAUUCCCUAGAGUCAAAAUCUUGAAUAUAACAGUGAUUUUGUGUUAGAGAAGCUUUCAGUCAAAUACCCAAAGAAAUUUGAAGUGUUUGCAUCAGUUAAAAUCUUUUGAACGUUGCAGGGGAAGGAUUUGCAGGGGUUUAAUAUUUUCCCUCUAUCAUGUUUGGCAUACUCCACUAAAAUUCCAGAGUGAUCAAUGGUGUUUGUUUUCAUUUUGAGCACCCUUGGUUGGUUCACAGAAGAUGGAUUUUUGAAGGAGGAAAAAGUGCUUCUGAAGCAGAAUAUUGAGUUUCAGUGGUAUCUGGGCGUUGAUUUCACAAGGCAGAAGUAUAAAUUUUUUAAUCAUAUUUGCCGACAUUUCAUGAGACCUUCCUCAGUGCGAUUACAUUAAGCCCUUUGCAAAUAGUCUCAUAUACAUUGAAACUUCAAAUUGUAGAAUUUGUAACAAGAAUAUUAGCACAAACUCUAGAAUUACAACUAUUGAGGCGACUGGAACGACAUAUUGGAAAAAUCUCCACUAAAAAUAGAAUGGCUGGUAUCUCGGCUGGUAUUCGUCAGCAAUCUUCUGUCAUUUCAACUUCUGAACCUUCAAAUCUGCCUAGUUGUCUUUUCAAUGCUGGUCGAAGUACUCAUGUUAAAGUAAGGGGAUUUCCUGUUUCCAAAAGGCAAGGUAAUUUUCAAGAUUUUUCCAAGAAAGGGGUAACGUUUGCUCUUAUUUUGGAAAAUGAAAAGCCUUUAUGGGUUCAUAGCAACAGAUUUGAAAGCUUUAGAAGUAAAGCAAAUUCCAUUGAGUCUGGUAUACAUCCUAAAAUUGUUUCAUUCGAAAGAGGUAGGCACCAUUGGGUUAAAAGAGGACGGUGUCACAUAGCUAGAUGUGAGAUGGAUUUUGAUUCAAAAUUUGUUGAUAAUCCUGAAGUUGUAACUACUACUGAAAUGGCUGGAGGAGGGCCUGGCCUACCUAAGUUAAGUAUAGUAACUGAUGGAGACAUUAAGAAUGUUCUAAACACUGAUGGCGGAGCAGGUGGAAACAAUUUUGGAGGUGAUGACAAUGGGAACUUCAGAGGAGGAAGGGGUGAAGGAGGGGACAACGAGGGCAAUCAGGAUGGGAAUGAUGAUGAAAGUGAAUUUGGACCUAUGUUAAGUGCUGCAGAAGUGUUCAAAGAGGCCAAGUCUAGAGGUGUUGUUCUGCCAUCUGACAUGGCUGAAGCUGCUAGGUCUUCAGGUUUACGCAAAUUGCUUCUUUCUCGUUACCUGAAUUUGCAAGAAGCUGUAUGGCCCCUAGGAGCAGCCAUCCGUGCAAGCUCUAUGUUACGGAACCGCAUGCUCGCAGACCCAAGUUUUCUAUUUAAAGUUUCCAUAGAGAUAGUGAUUGAUUCUUGCUGCGCAACAUUUGCAGAAGUUCAGAAGAGAGGAAAAGACUUUUGGUCAGAAUUUGAGCUUUAUCUUGCUGAUCUUAUUGUUGGCGUUGUUGUUGAUGUCGUUCUAGUUUGUAUGUUGGCACCAUUUGUUCGCUUUGGGCAGCCCACUAGAGUAGCUGGGCUGAGUGGAAUGGUAAACCAUGCUAUUGGAGCAUUACCUAGCAGUGUUUUUGAAGCUGAGAUGCCUGGUCGGAGGUUUUCUGUUCAACAGCGAAUUGGCACGUAUUUUUACAAGGGUAUUCAAUAUGGAGCAGUUGGUUUUGGAUGCGGAAUUAUUGGUCAGGGAAUUGCUAAUUCAAUCAUGACACUCAAACGGAAAUUAAAGAAAUCAGAAGAGCACGAUGUAGCUGUACCUCCUCUUAUAAAAAGCGCAGCCCUCUGGGGUGUUUUCCUUGCCGUCUCAUCAAAUUCCCGGUAUCAGAUUGUUAAUGGCUUGGAGCGUGUUGUUGAAAGCUCUAUCUUGGCUAAAAGGGUCCCUCUAAUUGCUCUUGCCUUUACUGUUGGUGUACGAUUUGCAAACAAUGUUUAUGGUGGCAUGCAAUUUGUUGAUUGGGCCAGAUGGUCAGGAGUUCAAUAGUUUCAAUGUUAAGAAGCCUCUGGCUAAAUUGUUUUAUCAAUCAAGCAUCUGUGCAUUGACAUUGCCAGCAUAAGGAGUACAAAUAGUAGAGGCAAUGUGAAUCAUCUAUUCAGAUGCAAUGAUGGUUUAUUUUCCCGUGUUUGGGUAAUUUGAAAAUUUGAUAAGAAGCCUAUCAGAUUUGGCUAAGUUAAGCUUUGGAGCAGCAAAGAUCACGAGGCAGCCUCACAAAACUUUUCUUCUGUAGCAUUCUACAACUAUUUAAGCAAGAGCUGUAAAUGCUACUAAUUUGUCAA